GCGGGCGAGCUCGGAGCCGGGGCCCGGAGCGAAGCGAGGGUGCGGAGAGGUCCGGCGGGCACGGACCGCGCAGAAAAUCCAAGGAGCUGCAUGCUCUCCCUGAAUGAUUUUAGCACACCAUUGUGUCCUUGAAUGAGAGAAGCAGAGAGUAGAAGAGGAGGAAGCAGAGGAGGGAAGAAACGUGAUUAAGAAAGGUCUGCUAUAGGUUGGAUCUUAACUAUCUCCUAAAGGCUUCGUUCCCCGGGUUGGUGCUGUUGGGAGAUGGUAGAACCUUUAACAGCCGUGAGCUGUGCAGCUUGGCUCUGCCAUGCCUCUUUGCCAUUGUGUGCUGCCUUGCUACAAGCCCAGAAACAAUGCAACUGAUUGACCAUGGACUGAAACCUUCAAACUGUGAAAUAAACUUUUUCUCUUUUUAAGUUUGGACGAGAUGAAACCCUCCAUGUACCACAAAUGGAGCGUGAAACCCAACAGAGAAGGUAAAAAUUGAACUCUCUGAACCAGUCCUCAGUGCCCUGGGGAGGUGAGAAACUGAACCCUCAGUUGCCCUUCCAGGGAGGGAAUUAGAAUCCAGUUUUGACAUAAAUCCCACAAACAUGCUUCCCAAAUGUAAUAGGAACUAGAAUAUCUCCAUUUGCCAACCUGACUUAACAGCCAGAAGCAAGUAGUACAACCCUUGUUUUUGAUGAUAAAGUUUUCUGGUGAAUUUCCCAUUUUGAGAGGAGUGUUUUCAUCUAUUCCAUUCUCUCUGAGUAAAUUUCAGCACUUGUUCUGAAUUUCCACCUUGCCUUCUACUCCUUUUUACAAGGGAAUCCAGGCCUAUUAAGGAUUGUCGUUAAAGUGUCUGACUGUGGGAUAAGUGGUGCUUGCAGGAAGGUGUGGAUUGAGUGCGGAUAGGCUGCUGGACUUUGCAGAGCUGUUUCCCUUAAAUUAUCUCUUUCAUUUGUUUCACUGGCAGUUGGAGUUGGUUUUGUGCAUGCUGACUCAUUUUAGCAAUUGCAUAAGAAAUACCAGUAUUUAUGACAUUGGUUUGGUGUCUUCUUUUCAAAUCUCUGUUUGAGUCCGGUAUUUCUUUGUCAUUUUUGGACACCAUACCAAUUCCUUAGUGCCCACAACCUUUGUGUUAUUCACUAAGAAAGGGACUCCUCAGAGGUCAUAGCUAAUGAUGUUGGUUCUAUUCCAAAAAGUGUUCACUUAAUAUCCAACAUGCACUGAACAUAGUUCUGUGAAAUGUGAAAAAAUAAUGCUUUUUCACUUCCUACUUCAAAAGUUUGUGAUGUCUCGAGGCCCCAUCAGUUUACAUGUUGUCCUUGAAAGUAUAAAAUGCCAUGUGGAGGAUGAGAUAAUUGCCAGGGCUCGAGUUUGGGAACUUGUCAUGCUUCUGCACCAAGUACCAUGAAAAAAAGUCCCUUAUUCUGGGCAGUAAUGGUCCAAAGUCUCAGGAGGGGUUUCUUAAUUUCCAAAUCUGGCUACCUGCCAUUCAUUAGAAUGCCUGGGAAUUACCCAUCCCUGCUGAAUCCCUACAAAUACGCUUUACAGAAAUGUCUUCUUUCUUCUGUCAAAGAAGCACUCUGCAUUCUGGAGUGGAUUUAUUCUUCUUUCAAACAGGGGACUCAUAAAACACAGGGAAGAGCAGCACCAUAGGACAAGCACUGAGGACAGGGUUGCUGCUUGAGUCUUUGCUUGGCUGAUUCCAUCACAUCACUUACUACCUGCUCAGAUGCCACCUACUGGAGAAAUGUUCCGGGACCACCAUAUAUACUUAUGAGUCUGGCCUGUUCAGCCCCUGAGGUCAGGAUGCUGCUCCUCUGUCAUGCUGUAGCAGUGGCUGUUGUCCACAUCUUUAUCUUCUCAGAAAACUGGGUAUCUGCCAAGAACAUCAACUUCUACAACGUGAGGCCUCCCCUUGACCCGACACCAUUUCCAAAUAGCUUCAAGUGUUUUACCUGUGAAAAUGCAGGGGAUAAUUAUAACUGCAAUCGAUGGGCAGAAGACAAAUGGUGUCCACAAAAUACACAGUAUUGUUUGACAGUUCAUCACUUCACUAGCCAUGGAAGAAGCACCUCCAUCACCAAAAAGUGUGCCUCCAAAAACGAAUGUCAUUUUGUUGGCUGUCAUCACAGCCAAGAUUCUGAACAUACGGAGUGUAGGUCUUGCUGUGAAGGAAUGAUUUGCAAUGUGGAAUUGCCCACCAACCACACCAAUGCAGUCUUUGCUGUAAUGCAUGCUCAGAGAACAUCUGGCAGCAGUGCCCCCACACCCUACCUUCCAGCACUCGCUUGGGUCUUCAUGCUUCCGUUGCUAUGAUGCCACCAUUGUUCAGAGAGGCAGAGACCAGCCUUCUAAAUCACAAGGCAAGAACAGUGUGAACUGUGAACUUUGAAGUGAAGACCCUCAUACCUGGUGAAGAGGGCAUACUGGAAGCCCAAAGCAGAAGCCAGUGGAUUGCUUUGCUAAAAUGCUCCUGCAUGAGGUUCAAGCACUGAGAAUGGGGAUUUGUUAGGGACCAAGAAGACUAUCUAACUUUCAGGCUUCCUAGUCAAAGAGGACUGUGAGUUAUAAAUUCUGCAGGGAUAAGCCUGCCAGUAUCUUUGAUGGGUUACAGUAGCCUGGCCAGUUUGUUUGACCAGGCCUUCAGCUAAAAGGUCUUCCUGACCUCAUUGACACCCUCAGAGGCUGCUGGGUCAGACCCUCUGGUGUCUGUCAUUAGCUCUAAGUGUCUCCAUGAAAUCUAACCCUUCUACCAAGAAAGCAGUUUUCCUACCAUGUUGGUCAGUUUUCUGGUACUGUAACAAAUGCCUGAGAUAAUCUACUUAUAAAGAGGAAAGGUUUAUUUUUGUUCACAGUUUUGGAGGUUUCAGGUGCAUGGCCGAUUGGACCUGUUGCUUUUGGGCUUGUGGUGAGGCAGCACAUCAUGGUGGGAGUGUGUGACAAAGCAAAAAGCCACUUGCCUCAUGGUGGGGCAUGAAAGACAGAGGUAAACACAAGGGUCCCAAAGUUCUCUUUGAGAACAUACCCCAAAUGGCCUAAUCCAAUAGGCCCCACAUCCUAAAGGCUACAUCACCUCCCAGUAGCACCACAGGCUGGGGACCAAGCCUUUAACACUUGGGCCCUCGGAGGACACUCAAGAUCCAAUCUAUAGGAUCCACCAACAGUAGUUGUCAAUGCGAAAGGCAACUGUAGAAGAAAACCUCCAUUUGAAAUAAUAUGAAACCCAUUUGCCAAUUGUGAAGUGGGAGGGGGGAAUAAAGCUGUUCAAGUUUACCAUGUAAUUGCAUGCUGUGUGUUUCUUGACUGACUUGGAGGCCUCUGAUGAAACACACUUACUAGUGUCACUGAAGUUAUGUUUCCAAGCACCAUGGGUGAUAUAUACUGGCUUAGAGAAUAAAAUUCUAUGCCAAAGUGGCUCAGUUUCUUUUUCUUUUUCAGAAAGGACUCUUUCUGUGGAAACUAAAUGCAAACUUUGAAUUGAUAUGGUCAGAAAACCAUCCUAAUCAAGGGAGAUGACACAUUAUCACAUAGGAUGCACCCUCAGCAGAGGCAGCUUAAAGAGACCUAGUCAGAGGGAAUGGCAGGAGGGAUCUCUCCCCUGUUCAAUCACCUCCUUUUCUCAGAAUAUCAGGUCCAGCAAUAGAGCCUCCUAAACAUGGGCUGAAAUGUUUGGUCUCGUUGCUUUUUCUUUUCCUUUCACAACACAGUCCUAGAAUUUCAUAUGAAUAUCUUCUCACUGUUUUUACAUCCAGGUUCCCUACUGUCACACUUGGGGGUGACCUUUAAACACUCUUCCCUUGUCUGUGUAGUGACGAGUUAAUGGAAUGUUUUAUGGUCCCUCACUAAACAUGCACCAUUUGAAUACUGGAUGCUCUGUAGAACGCAAUAUUAAUGGUAUCCUUGGACUCACCUGUGACACAGGUUGGCAAACUGUGGCCCAUAAGCCAAAUCCAUCCCACCACCUGUUUUUUUGUAAUAAAGUUUU